CGUCCUCAUUUUUUAACCCGGAAAAAAUACCUCGGAGAGGUAGCUGUCUCGAAUCCUCUUCGAGUACAGAAAAGUCGGGAGAAUGCUCUCACGCCUGAGCCGAAUCUGCCCAGCUUUGUCCCGGGUUCGUCUGAGCUCGGCGCUCGGGAGUCGCUUUGUAUCUCAGACGCCGCAGUCCAGCGCGUCCGGAGCGGCGGUGCCUGCUGAUCUGCGGCCCUUUGCUCCGCCGCUUCAGGACAGUCAUGGACACGCAGAGGUCAGCCCGUUUGACAAGAAUCCAGAUUUUCAUGGCUUCCAUCAUGACGACCCAAUUGUAGAUGAGUGGAACAUGAAAUUGGCAUUUUUCUUUUCCAUUUCUUUGGUCAUUGUUGUUGGAAGCACUUUCAUUCACUAUUUACCAGAUCACGGCAUGAGGCAGUGGGCUCGUCGAGAAGCUGAAAGGUUGAUCGUACAGAGGGAAGCUGCUGGUCUUCCCGUCUUGACUGAAAAUUACUAUGAUCCAAGCACGAUUGUUCUCCCCUCUUCAGAAGAGUAGACAGCAUAUUGUCAUUAAUUAUCCUGUUAAUUUGUUUGACUGUACAUUUGACUCUCCUCAACUCUAUUAUAAUAAAAAUGGUAUAAUAUAGCUGAAUGUGGUAUUUUCAGUUGCUGUUGUUUUAAUCAUUCUCAUUGAUAAAAUAAAUGCACUCUCAGUGAGCAGAAUAAACUCAAAUUGAAAAGAAAUAUGAAAAA